GGCAAGAUGAGGUGGUUUGCAGGCACUUGGGUUUUAGUAGUUGCAUUGGGAAUCUGUACUUUAGUUUCCUGUGUUCAGGGAUUUUGGGAUGGGUUACGCUGUGGGCCUACAAACAUGCAGUUUUCAGUCCCUUCACAGGUACCGGAUGCUGGUUUUGCACUGUCUGCUGUGGAUCACACAGGAAAAUCUCACUACCUCGGCAAUGACACUGCCUGUGGUACCUUGGUGGGACAGAAACCAGAUGGGUCGCUGGUGGUUGAUGCUACCUACGAUGGGUGCUAUGUUCGUGAGGAGAAUGGUGACCAUGUGAUGACUGUUAGUUUUGAAGAGGUAAUAAAUGGACGUGUAGACUACCAUAAACAAGAACUUAAGUGCCCAGUCAUGGAAGCUAAGGAUGUUCCCAGCCCAGAUACAUGUUCUGCCAUCCAGCGAGUAGACCGGCUUUCAUGUGCUAAGGCUCCUGUAUCACAAGACCUCUGUCAAGGGCUGGGAUGCUGUUACACACCCAGUGAUCCUACAAUGCCUUGUUACUAUGGGAAUAAAUUGACUGCCCAGUGCACCACUGACAACAAUAUGCUGAUAGCAAUAUCAAAAGAUGUGACCAAACCUUCACUGACCCUGAAUUCAAUCAGCGUGGUUGGUGUGGAUCAAACCUCAUGUCCAUCGCUGAGUGUCUCCAAAACGAACGCCUUUAUUAUGUUCCAGUUUCCUCUGUCAUGUGGGGCUACAAAGCGGAUUGAUAGCAAUUUAAUCACAUAUGAAAGCACAGUUGUGUCAGCUAGAGACAUAAGAACCUGGGGGGGCUCUUCAAUCACUCGGGACAGCAUCAUGAAGCUAACUGUGCGGUGCGUCUAUGGUAGAUCUGGAAUUGCCCCACUGUUAAAGGUUGAGGUACACACCCUUCCGCCACCACCUCCUAUCUCUACUCCGGGGCCUCUUGCACUAGAGAUGAGAAUUGCUCGUGACAUGCAGUAUACUAGUUAUUAUGCUGAUGGCGACUACCCUGUCGUUAAGAUACUUCGAGAUCCGGUCUAUUUGGAGGUUAGAGUUCUGAGGCGGCUGGACCCAAACCUGGUGCUGGUUUUAAACAGUUGCUGGGCUACGCCUUCCACCGACCCUAUGGCACAGCCCCAGUGGCCUGUCUUGUCAAGUAGAUGUCCCUUCCCUGGAGACAACUACGCCACACAGAUGAUUCCUGUUGGUGCGGCUACCCAGGCUGUACCUUUCCCAUCUCACUACCAACGAUUCUCAAUCAGCACUUUCACGUUUGUGGAUGGAACUACGCAGCUUCCUCUUGGUGGCAUGGUUUACUUUCACUGCAGUGCUUCUGUGUGCGUCCCAUCUGCUGCUGACCCAUGCAGGGUUGUGUGCAACACAAGAAAACGAAGAAUGGCUGAAGAGAGCCCUGCAGAAUAUCCUAUGGGGACCACAGUGACCUCUGACGGGCCAGUUGACUUCAUUGAUGAAGAGGAGAAGCUUACAGAAAGGGAAGGUGUCAUCAGCUUUGGUCAUCCUGCACUGCACUGGGCAAGAGGAGCAGCAGCCAUAGGAGGAGUUGUGGCUGUUACAAUAACUAUCAUAGGUCUCUGGAUACACUAUAGGAAUAGAAGCCCAAAGACUCAUGAUGUAAAUGCUUGAAUAAACAAUCUUUC